GGUUUAUUAUCAGAACUGAAUUCAGAGCUGCUCCUGUCUGUAGUAACAUUAAUGGAAGAGCAGAUUUCAGAAUGAGGGCGUUGCUGCUUUAAAAAAUUUUACUCCAUGGAGCUUUCCAAAUUCAUCUCAAAUUAGACUGCUUCAGGAAACCAGAUUUGUUCCUUCAAGCAGAGACGCUUGUGGCUUUCCUGACUGGACUUCUAUGGAUUCUUCAUGCCAACCCUAAGGACUGUGGUCUUCUGCAUGAGACACGUCAAUUUCAAACAAGACAUUCGGUGGUGAAACACUUGAUGAAGAUGAUAUUCAAUUUUAUUUGGUAUAACUGAAUCUCAGAAGUAAUUCCUCGGGAGCAAGAAACAAUGAAAAAUAAAAAUAAAAGGUCCAUCAAUAAUGAAUGUCUGAGCAGUGUUCUUUUUUGUGCACAGAUCAAUGGAUCUUUUCAGUUCCAAGCAGGGAUGUAGUCAAUGCUGACCUCGAGACAACAUUUUGCUGGCCUUGGUCCGAGUCACUGUACAGAAUCUAUGGGAAGUUUUCUCAAGCUGCCUCAUUACUCUGAAGAAUCAGCCUCGACCUCAUCCCUGUAUGCAAGUGUGAUAUAUAUCUGCGAUGCAAUCUCAUGAUUAAAGAGGAGAAACAAGAGAGCUUCAGAUUUUGAAGUAUAGCAAUCUCCUGAAAUAUUUUCUGCAUCUUCGGACCACUUUUUAGCAGGUGGAUGACGAGAACUGACGAGCGUGAUGGAGAUGCUGAAUAAAUUGAAGAGUACGGUUGGUGGGUUUAUCGGGAACCCAGUGAUGAGAGAAUAUGAGGUCAUUCGUCACGUCGGUAGCGGCGGUCCUGGAUGUUUGUGGAAGAUCUAUCUUGCUGUCAAAAGAUCAACGAAACAGGAGGCAGGUGUAUUUGUAUUUGAAAAGAAACUUCUGGAAAGAUUUGCCAAAAAGGAUAGAGAUCCAUUGUUAGAGAUCUUACGUAAGGGUUCAACCCAGUUGACCAGACUAAGACAUCCGUGUGUGCUUACUGUUCAACAUCCAUUGGAAGAAACAAGAGAAAGCCUGGCGUUCGCUACAGAGCCUGUCUUUGCCAGCCUAGCCAAUAUAUUAGGUUGCCAUGACAACAUGCCGACGCCCAUACCACCGGACAUUGGAGAACACAAGUUGUUUGAAGUCGAGAUCAAAUAUGGCCUUCUACAGUUAACAGAUGCCUUGAAGUUUCUUCAUAAUGAUGUUCAUAUGGUCCAUGGUAAUAUUUCACCAGCGAGUAUUAUCUUGAAUGGUAAUGGAGCAUGGAAGCUAGCUGGAUUUGACUUUGUUAUCCCUUCCUCAUCACCACCUGAUCAACCAGCUAGUUUCCCUUCACGUGAACUUGUGAACAAUAUCUCGGCAGUGCUUCAGCCAGACCUGAACUACUUGGCUCCGGAAUACCAGUUAACUCAAAGCUGUGAUACUUCCAGUGAUAUGUUCAGCCUUGGGAUGUUAAUGUACUCCGUGAUCAACAACGGCAAAAUGUUCCAUGAUUGCAACGAGAAUCUUGCCACAUUUAAACAGAAAUCUGAACAGUUGCGAAGUCUGAAUAUAUCUUUAUUAUCGAGCCUUCCUGAUGGUUUAAAAGAGUAUGUGAAGAUGUUACUAAGUACCACACCCACCAUCAGACCGGACGCUGAUCAACUAGGCAAGAUUCCAUAUUUUGAUGACGUUGGCGCAAUGACGCUCCAGUACGUUGACUCAUUGUUUCAACAAGAAAGCAAACAGAAAGCUCAAUUCUUCAAAGGUCUUCCAAAAGUAAUCUCAACUCUUCCCAAGAGGGUUGUGCAGCAGAGGAUACUACCAUGCUUGUGUAAGGAAUUCAUGAAUCCUGACAUGGUGCCGUUUGUCCUCCCCAAUGUAUUACUCAUCGCUGAGCAAUGCACAGAUCAGGAGUAUGUCAAGCUGGUCUUACCAAGCCUAAAGAAUGUCUUCAAGAUGCAAGAACCGGUUCAGAUUUUGCUGAUCUUCAUGCAACGGAUGACACUCCUAUUGACCAAGACACCCUCAGAUGACAUCAAGAAUCAUGUCCUACCAAUGGUUUAUAGGGCUUUAGAAUCGUCUUCAGCUCAGAUACAGGAGCUGUGUCUAAAUAUUUUACCUACAUUUGCUGGGAUGAUAGAGUAUAAUUCCAUCAAACAUUCCAUAGUCCCACGAAUGAAGAAACUUUGUUUGGAGACGUCCCUUCUGGCGGUUCGUGUGGGAUGUCUGGUGAGCCUGGGCAAGAUGCUAGAGCACAUGGACAAAUGGUUUGUCCUUGAUGACAUCAUUCCACUCCUUCUACAGAUACCUUCAAGAGAGCCAGCUGUUCUUAUGGGAAUCUUAGGUAUCAUCAAAGUGGCUAUGACCCAUAAGAAGCUAGGAAUCAGCAAGGAUGUCGCUGCCACUAAGUUACUUCCAUUCCUCUUCCCACUCUCCAUUGAUAAUAACCUCAAUCUAAAUCAGUUUAAUGCAUACAUGUCAGUGAUAAGAGACCUCAUCAAAUUGGUUGAGAAGGAACAAAGAGUCAAACUGGAACAACUCAACGCUUUACAAGAAGAACAAAAGACGUCAGUGGAAUUUGCCCAGAAGCUACAAACCAGUCAAGGAAAUGGAGAUGUUUCAUUGUCAUCGAGAGGGGAGAGCAAUACUUCUGGAGGGACAGGAAUUGACCAGAUGUUUGGCUUGGACAGUCACACUAAUGGAAAGAGCAGCCCUGUGAUCGAGAAACAGUCCCCAUCCAGCUCUAUCAGCCAAGCAAACAGCUCCUCCAGCAAGACACCGAAUCCUGCUCCUGUACGUCCGUCCCAGGUCUCCCUGAGCUUGGAAGAGAAACAACGGCUUCAGAAGGAGCAGGAAUUCCAACAGAGAUUGAAGAAUCAGAAGGCAAUCCAGCCUGAAGAUGCUGUGAAGCAACCGUCAAUAUCUACUGCCAAGGAUCUGACGGGGUCACUGAUGGAUUCCAGGAGUAAAGGUCAAGGCCAGGCUGCGGGAGUGGACAGUGUGGGUAUGGGCACCAGGACGGGUGGAAGCGGCAACACUGGUCUUCUGUCAAGCGGGAUCAGCAGCAUGAACAGUUCUCCUUACUCCCCAUCAGGUUCUAUGUCUGCAGGGAGUGUCGUUGGGACAGGGGGAAUGGGCCUUUCGAAUUCUUCCUUGCUCUCGCAGCCGGUUGCUAACAUGCCACAGAGGGUUCCUCAAAUGGGCCAACCGUCUCAAGCAAAAAAGAACAUUGACAUGUCACCGUUCGAUUCCCUCUUAGCUCCGUCCCAGUCGCAGAAGUCCAACAGGACGCUCAAUCAGAUGUCUUCGGCGAAUCCCGCACACCCCGCUAACCCUCCAAUGGGGCAGAACUCUUUCCAGAGACCUCAAGUUGGCAUGGCCCAGGCGACAUUUGGUCAGGGCUCGCAGGGAGGCAUGGGUCAGGGGUCAUUCGGAAACAUGAAUCAUCAAGGACAAGGUGCCUUCAGACAGCAAGGCAUGAUGGGAAAUUACGGCGGAGGCUCUGCGGGCACAGGUCAAAGAUUGUUCCCGGGGUCAACCAUGCAGCAACAAGGAACGGGAAUGGCUGCAGGAUUUGAUCCGUUUGCCAGCACUGGUGCAACGAGUCAACAGAAGCAGAAGGCUGUUGGUGGGGACAACCUACUUGAUUUCCUAGGAUAGAUGCAGUAUUAUCAUUCUUCUUCUUAUUAUUAUUAUUGCAGUAUAGUACUAGUCCAUGCAAUUUACGUAUGUUAUUUUCUUUUCAUUUGCAUUACAGCUUGGGAAAUAAUGAUUACAUUACAUCUUAUGGGAUCUUAGUAGGAAGGUGGUCUACCAGGAGUUCUUGGUGUUUUGGCCAUCUAAGUACUGUACACCCCGUCCUGGCUGGUCAGUGCUGCGCUGGAAUUCCAUCAACAGCACUCUCCUACUGCGUACCCAUUUGAAUUAUCUAGAUAUCAAAGAAAAUGAAUAAAUGGAAUGGAAUUUGAACCUAUGAUCUUCUCAUUGUAGGAUGAGAGUUUAUUCCACUGCACCAAGUCACUUUCAUAAAGACCUGGGCCCCGUUGUACAAAGAGUUACGAUUGAUCCAAUCAAUCAUAACUCAAUGGAAAUCCAUCAGUGUCAUAAUUUUUUCUACAGGAAAUUUGCAAAAUAUCCUUUGUAAUCAAAGGAGAACACCCCAAAUUGUCAAGAAAUCAAUGAAUUUAUGGAUAUGCAUUCAUAUCUAGAAUUUUUUUUGAACAUGCAUUUCAUAUGUUGACGUUGCUGGCUUUCCAUAUUUGCGAUUGAUUGGAUCAAUCGUAACUCCUUGUACAACGGGGCGCUGGUCCCACUGGCCGACGGACACAAAACGUAUUCAUAACGGAUACGUCGGACAAGCUAAAUUUUUGGGUGGCUCCAUCUAUUUUUAUCCGCUCCAGACAUUAGACAAAAUGGGGGAACAAUGAAAUCACAGUGGACAGAUGCCCGAUGGAUAUAGAGCGUAUGAAACACAUAUGCAAAGAGUAUCAAUAUCAAUACUAUCACAACAUGCACGGUGUUAGUUAAAAUAUAACCCGCCCGUGAGACCGAAAGCCCGCGAGUGGUACACAAUGGAUACAUAACACUUUCAAACAGAUGGCAAGAUUCUUUGCCAUUUUACAUCCUCUCUGCAUCUGUAAGUGCAGUGGGACCAAGCCUUUAUAUCAUACAGUGUUAAUGAUGUUAACAAUCAAGCCCCAACUUAUUUAGCUGACCUUCUCUUUGGAAACACAUCCAAAUACAACACACGCUCGGCCACUAGUAAUACUCUUGUUGUACCUCGUACUGCUAAACAAAUAGAUGAUAGAGCCUUUUCUACCGUUGCCCGCAAAACAUGGAACUCCUAGCUGCCUUCGCUAAAGACUUCCCCAACACUUGCCUCAUUUAAGAAAUCUCUUAAAACUUACCUCUUCUAAUUUGUCUGUACGGUUUCCAUAUAAUGUUCAUAAUUUUGUGGUUAUUGUUCUUAUGUUUCAUACUCCCUAUUUGUGUUUCUGUUAUUCUUUCUUUCUUUAAUGCGCUUUAUAUCUGAUGAAAAGGUUCUAUAUUAAUGAAGUGUAUUAUUAUACAGUGCAAUGGAAUGCGUAGUGCCAAGGUGUUUACUUACUCGGAUUUACUUGGAUGUAGAGACGUAAAGCUUGUAGCUAAUUUGCCCCUCGUCAUGUUGGAUAGUCUCUGGUAGGGUAAAAACUUUAGUGGAUGUUUUCCAGUGCCUGUCAAUUGCUGAUUUGAACAUAUUGACACUAGAUGCAGAAACUGCUUCCUUGGGUAAAGCAUUCCAGUUACCGUAUUUAUACUCCUAGUUGAAAAUGCAUUUUGCUGGCUGUUUAAUGACACUUUACAUUCCAAUGCAUUUAGAUUUUAUCUUGGGCUAUUUGUUUUUCCCCCUUUUUUAAGUGCAUUUUGAAUUGUUUAACCUGUCUUAGAGACUAUUUCUGGGACCAACCCAAGCUUUUUAUUGAAAACGUUCAAAGUGCAUUUAUAAUGGGAAAGUUAUUGAAAUCACAUGUGAUCUCAGAGUGAUCUUACAUGGAAAUCUUCCAUAGUAUUUAUGUUGCAAUAUAUAUACAUGUUUGUAUCUAUUUAUUUGAAUACUAUGUAAUAAAAAAAAAUCACUGAUUAUUAGUUUCUAUUUUAUGUACCGGUAUGUAAUUCCACGACACAAAAGCUUUUUUUGUUAAACUGUACUGAGCAUUAAUAAAUAUUAACUAUAAAUACCAUCUUACAUUUAGAUUAUGAUUAAGAUUCUCUUGUAAAGUAAAAGAAAAAUAUAUACAUGUAUUCAUUAUUUAUUGACCUUUCUGCCAACUAACAAGUUGUAAUAGGUCCAUGAUUUUAUAUAAUGUUUCAAGUUGUGAACAAACAAAUUACAAAAGAGGAGCAUCAAAGAUGAUGAAGAACAUAUUAUAUUUAUUUAUUAAUUUAUUUUUAGUUUUAUUUAUACAGGGUAGCAUUGUCAGUUUCAGAACUGCUUACCACAACAGCCCUGUCCACGUAACAUUUGUUAUAAUUAAUGUAAUUAAAGGAGAAUGAAACCCUUGAAACCAGCUGAAUCAUUAACAAAGAGAAAAAUCAAAGAAACAUAUUGUUGAAAGUUUGAGGAAGAUUGAAUGAAUAAUAAGAAAGUUAUGACCAUUUGAAUAUUGAGACCACUAGUGCCAUGUAGAUCCUCCCAUCGGCAAUGCGACCAAGAUCUGUGAUGUCACACACGUACAACUCCCUCAUUACUUUAGUACUUAUUUCACUUAUAUUCUCACUUUUAUAGAGUCUAUCACAAGGUGAGGUGUUCUUAAUUAUGAGAUGAAAAGUACAGAGGUUUCACAACAUUAUAUCAUUGAUGAAUCAUUUGUCAUAUGAUUAGAAUGAGCAAAAAGAGAUGUUUUGGGGUAUAUUUUCAGUGUCCAAAUGGGAGAGUUGUACGUGUGUGACAUCACAGAUCUUGGUCGCACUGCCAAUGGGAGGAUCUCCAUAGCAUUAGUGAUCUCGACAUUCAAAUGCUCAUAACUCUUUUAUUGCUAGUCCUAUUUUACUCAAACUUUUUUUGAUCUUAUUCUUUGAUUUUUUUUGCUUUCACAAAAGCUAACUUGCUCCAAGAGUUUCAUUCUCCUUUAAGUCUGUAAUAUUUACAUAAUCGAUAGUACUACAAUUUUAAUUAGUAUUUAUAGAUACACAUAUUGAACAUGGGCGUCAAUCCAAACUUGAGCAUGAGGGGGACACAAUAGCAACAUGCAAGCAUGUCACUUUUAUAGGUAUACUUUCCAGAUCCAUUACACUUUCGUCAUACUCCAUCGCUACAUGUACCGUAUGUCACGGGCGGAUCCAGCCUUCGCCAAUAGGGGGGGGGGGUGUUGCACCCACAAAUGUAAUAACGCCCACAAAUGUAAUAACGCCCACAAAUGUAAUAACACUUUACCCACAAAUGUAAUAACGCCCACAAAUGUAAUAACACUUUACCCACAAAUGUAAUAAUUUCACCCACAAAUG